AUGCGGGGUAACUGGCUGCUUCGACGGGUCUUCCUCUGCAACUCCCACGCGAUAAUGGAUGCUACUAUCGUUUUCUACGACAUCCCGUCGCAGCACCCGGGCGUCACCUGGUCGCCCAACCCGGCGAAGACGAGAUAUGCGCUGGACUUCAAGGGCCUCGCGUACAGAACGGAGUAUGUCGAGUACCCGGACAUCGAGGGCGUCGUCAAGGCGCUGGGCGGGGCGCCGACCGAGAAGAAGCCCGACGGGCGGCCCCACUACACGCUCCCCAUGAUCCACGACCUCACAACCGGCGCGGUCGUGACCGACUCGUUCAACAUCGCGGUCUACCUCGACAAGACGUACCCCGCGAAGCCGCUGCUGCCCUCGGGCGACUUCGCGCUCGUCGCCGCGCUGCAGGCCGCGCUCCAGCCCGUGAUCAUCAGCCUCGUGCCCUUCGGCAUCCCCGCCUCGCAGCGGCUGCUCAACGCGGCGAGCAGCGGGUACUACCGCGCCCGCCUCGAGGGCAUGUUCGGCACGACGAUGGAGGCGCUGUUCCCCGCGCCCGGCAGCGACCGCGACCGCGCCGAGUGGGCCAAGGUCAAGGACGCGUGGGGCGCCGUCGACGCCUGGCUCGUCGCCGCGAAUGCGCGGUAUUUCGGCGGGGCGGAGCGGAACUAUGCGGAUCUCUAUGUCGCGGCGUAUGUCUUCUGGGUCAAGACGGUGCUCGCGGAGGAGAAGUGGCGCGACUUUGCGACGUGGCAUGGCGGGCGGUGGGCGCAUCUUCUGAGCACGGUGGAGCGUGAAGCAGACGGCGCGCCGCAGUGA